UAUUUUCAUUCAUCAAAUCAAAGUUAAGCCAAAAGGCGAAGAUCAUUUGGCAUAAUAUAUAGUUUCAGCGUACCAUUCAUGGCGCCACAAGUAGAUGAGAAAUAUCGUGAAGAGAUAAACAAAGCACGAAUAGAACUUGGAAAUCUUGUAAAAUCGAAGGAGUUCAGUGCUCCUGAUUUCCUUCGUUUAGCGUACGCAUCCCAAUUCACAAUUGCCAAUUCUCAUCAUAACGAUGAUGCAGCAAAUGCUACUUCUACUCAUGAUGCCACAAAAAAGAAAACUCAAUCUGCCAAUAAUAAUUCUCUCAACACAAUUGAUAAAAUCAAGGCCAAUCAUCCCAUAAUAACGUAUCCUGACCUCUAUCAGCUUGCUGGGAUUGUUGCUGUUAAAGAACUUGGUGGUAUAGACAUCGAGUUUGUCCCUGGUAGAACGGAAUCAUUAAUUUUACCAGAUGAAAACUGCCUUCCUGAUGUCAAACAAAGUCCAGAAGAACUAAGAAAUGUCUUCCGAAAAGUGAAAAUCUCUGAUCCCAAGCAUAUAGUAGCAUUAUAUGGAGGUCUCAAACUGGCCACAGCUGGAGCUCAGGCUACAAAUUUGAAAUUGGACAACUCAUACUUUGUGGACCUCCUCGACAAGAAGAAGAAUUUAAGUCCCGCGGAAAAAGCUCUGCUUGAUGAUCCGGAAUUUCACCACUGCGUGCAAUGUUAUGCAACGCAUAAAGAGGAUUUCUUUGAGGACUAUGAAGAGGCACACAAGAAGCUCGCUGAUCUUGGCUUACCAUAUUCAGCAUUUAUCAAAUCAACAUUAGAAAAAAGUGCAUCACAAGUGAAGAAGGUGCUGGCGGCACAAAAGGCUGUUGGAGUUGGAGUUGCUGUUGCAGCCGCGGUUGUAAUAUUGAGUUUCUUCUAUGUAAUCAACAGGAGGACUGCUAAGCAUUCGUCAUAUCAGUACCAGUAACAUUGGUGGUGAACUCAAUUGAAAGAAAAGAUAUGAACAGUUGGACUCCAUGGUUCAGCUAUAAUAAAUCUUGGAUAUCUCCUAUUAACCUCAGUUGUAAACAUUCAUCAAAAUUCAAUAAAAAAACUUGAAUUCCUUUUGAGCAA